AUGGCACGGGGCGCUGCGAGACCGUCCAAGCCUUUCGGCCAUCGAUGGCGAUCCUCGGGACUGUACAUCAUUGCGAUAGUAUCAGUGGCUUUGUUUUCAGGUUGGUCCAACUCUCCAAAAACCUUGCGGACAAUCGGGUUCUUCCAGGGAAUACUGACAACAGGGGAUUCCACAGAUAACUUCCUCUUCACCUUCAUCAUCCCGAUCCUGCCGGAGAUCCUGGAGAGCCGCCUCCAGCAGCCCGCCGCACGCAUCCAGGCGCUGACCUCCAUCAUCCUCUCCAUGAACGCCCUGGUCUCGAUCAUCCUCGCGCCCGUGACGGGCUACGUGGCAGACAAACUGUCCUCGCGGAACUGGCUGCUGAUCGCCGCGUGGGUGGUGAAUAUGUUCGGGACGGCGGUGACGGCGUGGUCGACGACACUAACCGGACUCAUCAUCGGCCGCCUCAUCCAGACCGUCGCGGGCUCGGUGAUCUGGAUCGUCGGCAUGGCGAUGCUCGCCAACGCGGCCGGGGCGCGGCACCUGAGCAAGGCGUUCGGGGUCGCGGUCCUGCUGGUCUCCGCGGGCUUGCUGACCGGUCCGGCCGUGUCGGCCGCCCUGUACAAGUUCGUCUCCUACGGUGUCAUGUGGUCGAGCGCGUUCCUCGUCCUGCUGACCGGGCUAAUCCUGCAAUUGCUCGUCCUCGAACCGCGCGGGGACGGAGCGCGCGCCAGUACCAUCACCGCUCCCAACGACCGGGGCACGCGAGACGAGGAGCAAGACAGCGAGGCCCAGACCCUCGACGCCACCACCGCUCCGCUCCUCCCGUCCAGCCCGGCCGCAGAAGCCCGCUCCUACACAUACCACACAACCACCACCCCCACCACCACCACCACCACCGCCGCCGCCGACACCGACCCCCCAAGUCCGGCGGGAAGCAGCACCCCUGAAAAGGCGAACAUCUACUGGCUCAUCCUGCGCAAGAAGCGCGUGGCCGCCGGGCUGCUCGGCGACACGCUGCUGGCCGUCGUCAUCGCGAGCUUCGAGGCCACGAUCCCGCUGCACAUCCGCGAGGUCUUCCGCUGGGACAGCUUCCACGCCGGACUCCUGUUCCUGCUGCUGCAGGCGCCGACGCUGCUCCUGGUGGUGCCCGUCGGCGGGCUCAAGGAUCGGGUCGGGCUGCGGUACCCCGUCUCCCUGGGGUUCGGGCUGCUGGCGCCGUCGCUGGUGCUGCUGGGUCUCCCAGGCCACCAGGGGUUCUUGGGGACGAGCGGGGCCGUGGUGUAUCUGGUGAGCCUGGUGGCGAUUGGGGUGUGGAGGACGUUGAUUCUGGGGUAUGGCGGGGUGGAGGUUCUGAACGGCGCGAACGAGCUCGCCGACGAGAAACCUGGCAUCUUCGGCUCGAACGGCGGCUACUCCCGCACCUUCUCCUUGUCCAAUGUCACCUGGAAGGGGGGCAUGUUCGUCGGCCCCUUGGUCUCCGGGGCGUUGACUGAGGCGGUGGGCUAUUUCUACAUGAACUUGGUUCUGGGUACCAUUGAGCUCAUCCUCACGCAUCUUAUCCCGCCGUUCACCAUCACAAUUGAAGCCAGAAAUUCCUGUUGCAUCAUGGCUCCCCAAGUCAUCGUCCUCGCCGGCGGAACCGGCGGAUUCGGCCGGUAUCUCGCCGAAGCCAUCACCAGCAGCCCAGACUACGCCGUUGCCAUCUUAACUCGAUCGAACAAGAACCCCCCACCCUGGACCGACCACCCCAAAAUCACCACCCACCAAACCGACUACACCCCGACCUCCCUCCUCCCCAUCCUCAACACCACGCAGGCCACCACCCUCCUCUCGCUUAUCCGCUGCCCCAACGACGCCUACCUCCCGCUGCACACCCACCUCCUCGACGCGUGCAUCGCCUCGCAGACCUGCAAGCGCCUCAUCCCGUCCGAGUGGGCCGGCAACGUCGACGACUUCCCGCUGCUGCCGCGCUCCUACGGCGGCACGCGCGCCCCCUUCCGCGAGAUCCUGCGGUCCCGGGCCGCCAGCCACCACGUCGAGUGGACGCUGGUCCACCACGGCUGGUUCAUGGACUAUUUCUUACCGGACCACAAGUCGUACAUGGCGUACAUCCCCGGCGAGUUUCCGGUCGAUCCGCAGACGUGGACGUACCAUGGAUUUGGCCAGGGCGGUGGUGCGGUUGUUGGGGCGGGAGCGGUGGGUAUGUUUUUCUUGCCUUGUUUGGAUUGGAGGCUGUGUGCUGAUCACCGGGAGAUGGCAGGCCGUCCCUUCAAGAGGGAGUAUCGGUCCGUCGAGCAGAUCGAGUACGAUGUCGAGCACCAUCCGACACCCCCGGAUGAUCCGAAUAUCGCGCUGGCGGAGCUGGAGGAGUGUACGAUUAAAGGGGCGAUUUGCUGCCCCCGGGAGAAGACGUUACGGCAGAAGGAGGAGUUCUUUGCUGGCAUGGAGUUUGUGCGGCUGGAGGAGUUGCUGGUCAGGGCUGAGAGGGGGGGGUUCACUUGA